AUGGCACAAUGCGCAAAUGAAAGCUUUUGCCUAAGGAAUAAUUCACUCGAGGACGCCUCAGUGGCAAAGACGCAGAUGUCUUUCGGCGAGACCCUAAUGCUGUCCUUUGAGGCUCUAAUUGUAAUGUUGGGAGUUUUUGGCAACAUUUCAGUGCUCAUCGUCAUAAGUCGUCUGGGAAAGAAAAAACAGCCAGUGGAUUACUACGUGCAAAAUUUAGCCAUAGCAGACCUUGGUAUCCUGCUAAUAGCUUUUCCCCUCGUCAUCAUCAGAAUUGAAAUGCCUUCGAACUGGCCCUUUGGCGAGUUUGCUUGCCUCUACUUUUACCCUAUGGUGGAAAUUUUCUAUGGAGCGUCAGUGUGGCACAUUGUGGUCAUCGCAUUUGAGCGCUACCAAAGAAUGAUUUCGAUGAAAAUACUUGGCCAAAACAGCAGGAACAAAACAACUUUUCAAAGAGCUAAAACUAUCGCCACUGGUGUUUGGGCCAUAUCAUUUUUGAUAUUCUGCCUUCCACUUUACUUUGUUGUUAAAUACGUUCACCUUCCAGGUGGAGGUACAUUUUGUGGCCCGGCCAAGUGGACUAGGUCCUCAGCGAUAGGAUAUAUGGUCUGCUUAAUUCUGCUUACAUAUCUCUUGCCUCUGGUUGUAAUAUCAUUUACUUACAUAUCUAUAUCGCGUGUGUUAAAGCGGAGCGAUGACUUCAUCAAAACUAUGAAACAGGUACAACCGGUGCCAGUGUCAGAGAGCAACAAACUUUUCCUAGCCCGCCAUGCAAAAAGCAUUCGCCUUAGACAAAACAACAGAGCGAAGAAAAUUCUUACUCCCUUCGUUGUGACAUUUGCUGUUACAAUGCUUCCUGUAAACGUGUUUCGUGUGACCUCAGUGGUUUGGCCAGCGUUCGAAGAGCAAGAAUACUACGCAUAUCUAGUUUAUACAAUGAUAGUUCUGACUUUCAUUAACUCGGCGGCAAACCCUAUAAUUUAUUCGUUAGUAAGCAAAGAAUUUCGCAGGGGGAUAUAUAGUUUAUUCCACCAAAAUCUAUGCCAGUGGCCUUGUAAACUAGCUGGACUACUUAAUUCGAACUCUCAAUAA